GGAGUUUCCUAACAACGGGACAAAUAAGGACGUCUGGGCCGCCCAGAUUCCCCUGGAAAAAUGUCUGCAUCGUCGGAAUCUGAGGACUAUUUCGACACAGUAAUUGGUCAUAUUGAGGACUUUGUGAUCAGCGAUGAGUUUCAGAAAUUGGUGCAGAACUUCAUGCAGACGUACUACAAGGAGUUCAACGAGUGCGAGGAGAACCGAAUUGAGUACACGGAGAUCUUCAAUCAGUACACAAAUGCCCUGGAGAGCUGCAUUGUUGGGAAUUUGGAGGAGCGAAUGCCCAACUUCAGCAUGGAGAGAUUCAGCGAGGAGUUGAGCAAGCGAAAGACACAAUUGGACGGUGAAAUCUUCGAGCUUCUCUUCUCUCUCACGGACUUUCUCGCCUUCAAGGAACUCAUUCUGGACUACAAGCUGUACAAGGAGAAUCAUCUGAGUGAUCUGGAUUCGGGCAUUCAAAUAAGUCGCUUGUCAAAUUCACUUAUUUAA